GGGGAUGUCAUGGCGAGAACCUGGGUUUAGAAAUAGCCAAAUCAAGCCCAACUCACGAACAUUUCUUAUUUUGUGCCUAGUUAUCUCCUGUUUUAUUCAUUACGGCGAUGCGCAUGGAAGACUUAUCGAACCCCCAAGUAGGGCAUCGGCUUGGCGUUAUGGAUUUCAAACUCCGCCAGACUACAAUGAUCAUGAACUCUAUUGCGGUGGUUUCACUCGACAGUGGAAGCAUAAUGGAGGAAAAUGUGGGGAGUGUGGCGAUGCCUGGGACUUGCCUGAGCCACGCCCACAUGAAUAUGGUGGCCAAUGGGGACAGGGUGUUGUUGUUCGAAGCUAUUUGCCGAGCUCCGAAAUGAUUAUUCGUGUGGAGUUGACUGCAAGUCAUAUGGGGUACUUUGAGUUUAGGUUAUGCCCGAAGCCAAGUGCUACGCAGUUUUGCCUUGAUCAAAACGUGUUGCCUAUAAUAAGCGGUUCGCCCUCGCAGCGUAGUCCAACAGACUUGAACAGUCGAUUCUAUCCCCGUAAUGGUAGUCGCAUUUAUGAAAUCAAAGCGCAAUUGCCUGACCUGUUGUGUAAUCAAUGCGUGCUACAGUGGCGCUAUAUAGCCGGAAAUAAUUGGGGCUUAUGUGACAAUGGAAGCGGUGCAGUUGGCUGUGGUCCUCAAGAGGAGUUUCGGUCAUGUUCCGAUAUCGCAUUAACAAAAGAUGCUCGUCUGCCCAAUCGUCCUAUUCGACCUAUACUCCGCAUUACUACACCUCCUACAACUCCUAAGAAUGAUCAACAAUUCCAGUCAAUUGCCAAGUCUGCUGACCACAGCGCCGAUUCCACCACCUAG